CUAACUAGCCAGGUUAGCCUUCAGGCUGUGGUGGAAGAAGGGAGGUGCAAUGGAUGGAUGCUUCGCCCCGCUACGUUUCACGUAUUUGUCGUAGUUGGAACAGAAUGCGUCCUCUCCGGCUGAGCUGUGUGUUUCUCGUUAGACUCCGCGGUGUUGCGGGGGGCUGCUAACUCUCAGCGGGGUGUUAAUACAUGACCCGGGAGUGUCGGCGUCUGGCUGGAGUUUGAAGAUUAACGCUAGCUGGGGCUGUGGAAGCUAGCUCCUCCUCGCUGUCUACCAACGCGUUCGUGUGUCCGCUGCCUCGGGAAUGUUCUCCAAAAAGCCUCAUGGCGACGUUAAGAAAUCAACACAGAAAGUGUUGGACCCCAAGAAGGACGUGUUGACGAGGCUCAAGCAUCUGAGGAUUGUCAUCGAAAAUGCAGAGCCUGCAGAGCUGAAACAGUUCUUUGACCUGAACUACUCCCAUAUCUACUAUGUCUUCUUUGAGAACUUUGUUACCAUCGAGGUCAGCCUCAAGCAAAAAGGUCAUAAGUCUCAGAGGGAGGAGCUGGACUCAAUCCUCUUCAUCUUUGAGAAAAUUCUCCAACUCCUUCCAGAGAGAAUCCAGAGCCGAUGGCAGUUCCACAGCAUCGGGCUGAUUCUCAAGAAGCUGUUACACACAGGGAACUCUUUAAAGAUCCGCCGUGAAGGAGUGCGUCUGUUCCUGUUGUGGAUGCAGGCGUUACAGAGUAAUGCAGAGCGGGAGCAGCUCUGCAUGUUUGCCUGUUUGAUUCCUGGCUUCCCAGCUCCUCUCUGCCACGGGACACCACGCACCCUGGACACUCUGAUCAACCCCCCACUGAGUUUGACAGAGACUCAAGUGACCCCAGAAGAGAUCACUCCAUUGGUUCCUCCCCAGUCAGGCGACAAGAACCAGGAAGACCUCACUGCGUACUUCCUAGAGGCCCUAUUGAAAUACAUGGUAAACCAGGCCAAGUCUCUAGAGUGGCGUUGUAAAGAGAACCAUGAACGUGGCUUCAGCUUCCUCUUUGGUCACUUCAGGAAGUUUUACCUCCCUCACAUCUUUCCCAACUUUGCCAUGGAAACCAGCCUCUACAACCCCAUUAUGGAUGUGCCUCCGAUGCGUCCUAAGCCUUACUACAGUGUGGUCCGCAGGGAGCAAGACGGUGGUGAGACCCUUUACUGCACAAAGGAGAGUUUCCUUCAGGCCAGAGUCAUCUUCAUACGCUGGCUGGUUUCCUUUUGGCUGGAGCCACGACCCAACACACAAACACACAUCCCAGGAACGGAGGGAGAGAGCAUCCCCAAGAAUAUACAGCGAGCAGCAGCCGGCCUGGCAGCUCGCUCUGCCGGCAGCUCAGAUGACAGCAGCGGAGGCGUAAGUCGGUCAGACAGCCACCUGGAAAGCAGCGGGGGUUCCUCUGGGCCAGGAGGAGGCAGCAUGGGGCUAUCUGGGGGGUUGGGGCUGGGGGGUGAGCCCGAGCAGAGCCACUCCAACACAUCUACCCUGACUGAGAGGGAACCCAGCUCCUCCUCGCUCUGCUCCAUGGAUGAGGAGCAGCUGACGGACAUGGAGGUUGUGAGAAGAGUGCUGACCUGCUCCAGAACCAACGUUAACUUCAUCACAGAGAUCUUUAGACAGGCAUUUCUCCUUCCUAUGUGUGAAGCGGCAGCGAUGCGAAAAGUGGUCCGUGUUUAUCAGGAAUGGAUCGCCAUGGAGGACAAACCAGUGUUUAUGAAGGAGCCAGACGAGGGACAUUAUCCCAUUGCCACUGGUGGCAGUUUGGAUUCAGGCUCUCAGCUCGGGGACAAGGAAGACGAGGGAAUGAACAAAGAGAUUGACAGUGAAUUACUGGAGUACAGUGUUCAUGCUGGAGUUCAGACUACACUACAGGUGUUUAUCACUCACUCCUCGAAUGUUUUUCUAAUCGAGCCUGCCAACGACAUCAAGAUCCUUUUAGAGGAGCAUGUCGACAUGUGCAAGCGAGUCCUGAACAUCUACCGCAGCCUCGUCAUGCACGAGACCAUGGACAAUAAAACAUGGGAGCAGAUCUUAUUGGUGCUGCUGAGGGUGACAGAGUCAGUGAUGAAAAGACCGCCGUCCAUUAUGCCUCAGGGCAAGAAGAACAACACACUGUCGGGCAGACUGGCUGGACCUAUCUUUCAGACCCUAAUAGUAGCUUGGAUUAAGGGGAACUUGAACGUCUACAUCAGCCGGGAACUGUGGGAUGACUUGCUCUCCGUCCUGUCCUCCCUGACGUGCUGGGAGGAGCUGGUCACAGAGUGGUCUCUCACCAUGGAAACCCUCACCAAGGUGCUGGCCAGGAACCUGUAUACUGUUGAUCUCAACGAGCUGCCUCUGGACAAACUCAGUGAACAAAAACAGAAGAAACAUAAAGGAAAAGGUAUCGGUUCAGAGGGCCAGCGACAGAUUGUGGAUAGUUCCUUCUCUAAAGGCUGGAGCAGAGAUCCACCAGGUCAGGCAGCAGUAAUGAGGCAGCGAAGUGCCACAACUGCAGGUUCACCAGGCAUCGAAAAGGCCAGGAGUAUCGUCCGCCAGAAGACUGUAGACCUCGAGGACCCACCAAUCACACUGACAUCCCGCGCCUCUCGAAUGCGUCACUCCUCCCAGAGCGAAGAGGCCCCUCCCACCUCCUGUCCUGAGGUGUUCCAGGGCGGGACUUGUGACCUGGACGCCCCGGCCCCUUCAUCCCUCGCAAGGAGCAGCAGUGCCUCUGACAUCAUGGAGCCUUUCAUUGCAGAACGGGUCAAAGGUGAAGACCCUCAGAGGGAUCCCACUUCAAUCCCAAACCCCCACCAGCACCAACACCACUCAACCACUCCUUCUACACUCGCAGCCAACAGCCACACAGCUCAGCUACUUCCACACUGUCCCGCCUCCCCCUCUCCCACCCCUCUUACCUUAUCCAAUGGUGUUGUUUCCUCGACCUCAGAGGGACAAGAUGAUGGUAGUGAUUACGACCAGUUCUGGCAACAGAUUGGCUCUCGAAGCCGAGGUUCUAGCUCUGAUUGGGUAAGCGAUUGGGAUUCUGCCUUCACCAUUUCAUCUGAAAAGGAAAUGUAUGCCGAAGACGGUGAAAUGAGAGCCGGUGCAGAGGAGGAUGAUUUAUUCUCCUCUAUUAGGGACUACCUCACUCACAAAGGAGGUGAGAGAAAGGAGGAGGCUGGAGAGAGAGAAAGUCCUGGUCACACAUUAGAGAACAGUGUUACUUUACCUGUGCCAGUGCAAACCGGUGUAGCUAGAGCACAAAUAGAAUCCGCAGCACAGGUAGGAGAGGUGAGACAGGUGGUAAGAGACGACAGGCAAGGAAGUAAAUCAGUGAGACACAGCAGUGUGGAUUCAACAGAGGAGAGUGAGGCAGAGCAGCGGAGCAUCUAUGAAUGCCUGGAGCAGCAAUGUCAGUGGCCGACACCCAGUACCAGGGGAAGUGCAAGCUUAGAAAGAACCACUGUGGAGAAAAAGGGAGGAGGAAAUACAGGGAAGGCAGCAGGAUGGGACGAUACAUGUGACGUGUUGAGGGAAACGGGAGAAAAUAAACAGAUUGUAAAAGAAGUAGCAGGAAAUGAGAGGCCAGUAUUAAUUCAACAAGAAACUAGUACAAUAGAAUCUAGCCUUGAAUCAAACCAAACCACCCAAACUGCAGAUCCAGCCAAGGUCAAGGUGCCUCGUAGUAACACCAAGAGGCUACAUUCUGGGGGUGUUCAUGUCAGCUUCAGGCCCUCAACUGAGUCGGUCCAGUUCCACAACCCCCUCGAGAGUAAAGAGGCUCACUGGAAAGCCCGACUGCGUCGCCUCAGUCAUUUUCACACACACAGUCACUCAGCUGGGGAGAGGCCAGGGGCCGCAGCUGGGGCAGGGUCAGGGUCAGGGGGCAAGCCAGGAGCAGGCGGAGCAGGUAAGUUUGGCUCUGUGGCUGGGAUGGGCCAGAGAGCAGGAGCACAUGAGAAAUCCGCCUCUGGGACAGUUACGGAUGGCAGCGGGGUAGGGGGCACAGCAGGAGCUGGAGGUCUGGAAAACAGAACCGGUAGUGGAGGGGACUAUGUGGGAUCCAGUCAGAGCUCUGAGGUUCAUUCAGAAGCACCAUCAGGCGCUUCAAGCUCCUCAGGCGUGUCGUCAGGGGUGCGUGGGCGCUUGGGACGUUCAGCCUUGCGAUCUCGAGCUUCCCGCUCCCGCUCCCAGGAGCCGGGCAGCACUUCCUCACGUCACCACCAGGGAGCCCUUCUCGGUGGCGUUUAUAAGACUGUGGUUCACGCUCUGUCCUCCAAACCCCGGCCCCGAGGUCAGGGGUCAUCCCAAGGCUCGUCGCCACAGCGGCAGGGCCGGGCUGCCAUGGGUGACGCAUCGUUAAGAGACCUCUACUCCCAUGUCCUGGGCUACUUUGGACGAAAGACGACCACGCCAGCCAAUAAAGAGGAGGUGGUCCAGAAAGCCCGCCCAGUCUCCAGUGAUGUUGGAAGCACCAACCCAAAUUUCCCUGACCUCAUGGACGAGUUCAUCCAGGAGAGACUGAGGCGCAAAGGAACAGCAGGCCGCCGUGGCAGCAGCCCAGGAAGUUUGGAGGUCCCCAGGGACCUGCCCGAGCUCCUAGAGGCUGGUCAGAGUCCCGGAUCACGACCCUUGGAUGAUCAUCGGCCCAUCGAUGAUCCGGGUGUUCCCUCUGAGUGGACGUCACCUGCAAGUGCCAGCGGUUCUGAUGUCAUCAGCUCGGACAGCCAGUCAGACUCCUUCAAUGCCUUUCAGUACUCAGCCUGCAAGUUUGAUAAUUUUACUUUCAGCUCAGACUCUUGUGGAGGAGGAGUUGGAACUGGGGGUGGAGGUCGGGGCAGCUCACUGGACCAGGACAGUCUGGGCGGGGGUGCAGCCAGCGAAGAACAUGAAGUAGCCAGUUUGACAACGCUUCACAUCGACUCAGAGACCAGCAGCCUCAGCCAUACUGUCACUGUUACCGGUUCUGAGAGUGCCUCUCCAAUGCAUUCUCUUGGAGGCUCUCGGUCCCAGACGCCCUCCCCCGCUACGUUGACAGCAGAGCAUGCAGAUCAAACACACUCCCACUCUCACACACACCUGCAGCUGGACCAGAAGCUCCACAACUCUGUCCUGCAAACCCCUGAUGACUUGGAAACCAGUGAGUUUCCCAGCGAGGACUGCAGUGUGAUGGCGGGUGGUUCUCUGACUGGUUGGCACGAAGAUGUCGCCACAGUAAUGUGGAGGAGGAUGCUGGGUAUCCUGGGGGACGUCAAUAGCAUCAAAGACCCAGAGAUUCACGCUCAGGUCUUUGACUAUCUUUGUGAACUGUGGCAAAACUUGGCCAAGAUAAGAGAUAAUUUGGGCAUUUCUCUGGACAACCAAUCAUCUCCACCUCCUCCUGGUCUGAUCCCUCCUCUGAGAAUUCUCACCCCCUGGCUCUUUAAGGCCACCAUGCUGACAGAGCGUUACAAGCAGGGUAAGCUUCACGCCUAUAAGCUGAUCUGCAGGAUCAUGAAGAGACGACAAGAUGUUUCCCCGAACACAGACUUUCUUACACACUUUUACAACAUCAUGCACCAAGGGCUGCUGCACCAAGACCAGGAUAUUGUGAACACCAUUAUCAAGCACUGCAGUCCCAGGUUCUUCAGUAUCGGUCUGCCAGGAGCCACCAUGCUGAUUCUGGACUUCAUCAUUGCAGCUUCUAGAGUUACAGCCUGCUCCUCACUCAAUGCUCCCAGAGUAGAGGCUCAGAUCCUCCUCGGAUCUCUUGUGUGUUUUCCCAACUUUUAUGGGGAGCUUCCAGCCCUCCAUCCCACCACAGCUGAUGUGGUUCUUACCAAGUUCCCUGAUGUCAAGGAGCACAUUAUCAAAACCAUUCUGACGUCUGCCAGGGACGAACCUUCUGCACCUGCUAGGUGUGUGGCUCUGUGCAGUCUGGGUGUCUGGCUUUGUGAAGAGCUGGCUCACGGGACUCAACAUCCACUGAUUAAAGAUGCUCUCAACGUCCUCUGUGUCACUCUGAAGUACCCCAACAAGAGUGUAGCACUGGUGGCGUCGGACAUCCUUCACCUUCUGAUCAGUUACGUGGAUCAUCUUCAGAAAUUCCCCCCUGACACUCCAAAGAAGAUCAUAGAGAUUUUGAUUGCAACCAUCACGUACUUGCUGCCUACAACUGAGACUUCUCCUCAUGAACUUGACAAGAGGCUGGUAGUUUCCCUGCUGUUGUGUCUGUUGGACUGGGUGAUGGCUCUGUCUCCAAAGAUUCUCCUUCAGCCCGUUCAAACUCGAAGUCCUCCGGAAAGGGACCAGCCCGUCAAGACUCUGCUCAGCUGCAUUUAUAAGGUAUUGCACGGUUGUGUGUAUGGAGCACAGUCCUUCAACAGUCCUAAGUAUUACCCACUGCAGCUGGCAGACCUGUUGAGUGCAGACUACGACCCGUUCCUGCCGCUAGAGAGUCUCAGAGAACCAGAGCCGCUGCACAGCCCGGACUCCGAGCGAUCCAGCAAACUGCAGCCUGUCACUGAAGUUCGUAGCCGUAUUCAGCAGGGCCUGGUUUCCAUCGCAGCCAGAACAGUUAUCACCCACCUGGUUAACCACCUCGGGCAUUAUCCCAUGUCUGGAGGGCCGGCUACACUGUCCAGUCAGGUGUGUGAAAACCAAGACAACCCAUUCUGUGAGAGUGCUGAUCUGGGACCAGAACUUUUCCAUUCACCAAACCUGCAGUUCCUGGUUCUGAAUGGGUCCACACUGCUCUCUGUGCUUCAGAUCCGGUCGGAGUCUGGUGUACCAGGGGGAGGAAUGACAGCUGGUCUGUCCUCUGCUCCUGCUUGUGUUCGUGUGAUCAUCCGCGAUGUAGCCGGAAAACAUUCCUGGGACUCUGCUGUUCUCUACGGCCCUCCGUUGUGUUCCCCAGCCAGCCCAGCGCAUACAACUUUAACUCACCCACAGUCCUCUCACAGUGCAAAUGUUCAUACACGCAACUCACCGGGAGGUCGGCCGAAAAAGAUGGAGGUUAAGAGAGAAGACAGCGUAGAGGAGGGGCAAGAGGAAAGAGAGGCAGAGGAGGGAGAAAGUGCGAUGGAAGGUGAACGGCAAGAGUUUCAGGCAGAGGGGGAGGAGGAAGGAGAGGAGAGGAAAGGAAGUGAGGAGGAAAAGGAAGAAGGGAGAGAUGGGGAGGACGGGGAGCAGGAGGAGGAGGAGGAGAAUGAGCACAGAAUGGAGGGGGAGGAGGAUCCUGGGGACUCUGCCUUGGAACAAUUUCUAGCUCCGCCAUUGGCUAAACGUGUGUGUCGGGAGGCGGUGCCAGCAUGGGAUUCACUGAGAGAGGGUGAUGAUGCUCUGGAUGAAAUGCUGCAGUAUCUGGGAUACUCAAGUCCAGAGUGUCUACAGAGAGCAGGCAUGCCGCUCAACAUCCCCGCCCCUCCUCCAGCUUGUGUUUCGGAAAAGCAGGAGAACGAUGUGAUCAAUGCCAUCCUAAAGCAGAGUGCUGCCGAGAGAGAGUUUGUCUUUCAAAGAGGUGAGGAGUUGAGCAUGAAAGCAUUGCAGCAGACUGAACCAGAGACCCAGACAACACAGUCAGCCUUCUACUACUGCAGGCUUCUCAUCAACAUACUGGGACUCAACUCCUGGGAGAAGAGAAGUAACUUUCAUUUGUUGAGGAAGAAUGAGAAGUUACUGAGAGAACUGAAGAACCUGGACUCACGGCAAUGCCGUGAGACCCAUAAAAUCGCAGUAUUUUACGUGGCUGAAGGCCAAGAAGACAAACACUCCAUCCUCACCAACACAACAGGCAGCCAGGACUAUGAAGACUUUGUCUCUGGACUGGGCUGGGAGGUGGACCUCACCACUCAUUGUGGCUUCAUGGGAGGUCUCCAAAGGAAUCGCAGUACAGGCCAGACCACUCCUUACUAUGCCACUUCUACCACAGAGGUUAUCUUCCAUGUCUCCACCCGCAUGCCCCAUGACCAAGACCACAACCUCACCAAGAAGCUGAGACACCUGGGUAAUGACGAGGUCCACAUCGUCUGGUCAGAACAUUCCAGAGACUACCGGCGAGGAAUCAUCCCCACUGAGUUUGGAGACGUACUAAUCAUCAUCUACCCCAUGAAGAACCACAUGUACUCAAUCCAUAUUCUCAAAAAACCUGAGGUGCCGUUCUUUGGUCCACUGUUUGACGGGGCCCUUGUGGACAUGAAGAUUUUGCCAACCAUGGUCAGAGCCACAGCAAUCAAUGCCAGUCGAGCUCUCAAGUCCCUCAUUCCUCUCUACCAGAACUUCUAUGAGGAGCGCGCUCGGUACCUAGAAACCAUCGUGCAGCACCACCAGGAGCCGACCACGUUUGAGGAUUACGCCGCUCGAGUGUACAGUCCUGCUCCCUGCAAUCACCUGCCAUCUGACACAGGCUCCUGCCUCGAGAUUCUUCGGGGAGAAAGUCCGGCUCUUGGGGAGGCCGGGAGCGACUCGGCGUCCCCCAUGUCUCCUCGGACUAGCAAGAGCCGCAUGUCCAUGAAGCUGCGACGCUCCUCUGGAUCAGCCAAUAAGACUUGAUGAAUCCAGGUUACUUUGUAUAAUGCUGGACAACAAAUACUGGGGGUGUUUUCCACCUCCUACCCUUACAAGGUUUAUUCAAGAGGAAUGUUUGGCCAAUCAUUGCACUUCAAGUAGUUAAGACUGUCACAAAUGUAAAAUGUUCUUCUCUUGGCUAAAUUCACAUACAUAUUAUUUUCAACAGGAAAAAUGUUGGGCAGUGUUGAGGCAGAAAACAACAGAAACACCAUGCGUUUAAAAAGAUUUGAACUCAUCCCCUCACCUCCAGUAUGAGGCUGUUCUGAUCAGCCACUGACCCUGAAUGAACAAAACGCUCUGUCGCACAGUUGUACUCUGAAAAAAACACAAUGUAGAUUUUGAUAUUUCGUGGACUUCACUCUACUGUAACCUUAUUUUGAAAUUGCUCACAGCUGCUGUAUUUAUUCUCAGCUUUGCUCGCGCAAAAACCACAAACAGUUGAACGAGAGCUGCAGCAAGCUGCCUGUACACUGCAGUAUUACUUCAUAAUCUGUGCCAUGUUAAAGAUUGAAAAAGUCUAAUUUGUGCCACAUUAAGCACUGUCUUUGGAGAGCACAUGUACUGACCCCUGAACAAAGAGCAGAGUCUCCUCAGUCUCUGUGUUUUGUAGUUGCUGUGGGGAACUUGUAUAUUUGUACUAUACCGACAUAACUAUGAGUUUUGAUAUAUGAAAAUAGAAACGAGUGAUGACGGUGAAGAGUUGCAUGGAGAAAGCCACAUAAGUCUAUUUUUGUUCUCUGUGCAGCAUCAGGCCUUAAAAGAUAAAAGGCAGCGGUAGCUUUCUAUUCAGUCCUCGCAAAAUGUAAAUAGAACAUUGUUCAUUUGUUAACAACAACAAAAAAUACAUCUUGUGGACGUAGCGCUCUCUGGCCAAAACUGUUCUCUGUUUGCAUUCAGCAACAGAGCUCCUCUGAACUUAGAGACUGAAAGUGGCACAAACUUUUCUCUGACUGGAGAGAGAACAGAGUUACUGUGAGAAGAGUAGUAGGGAUGGAGUGAUAAUUUGUUCUUUGUAAAGGAGACAAAAGCAUUUUCUGGAGAAAGCUCAUCUAACAACAAACACCUGCUACUUAUUUCUGGCUCAUGCUGUAAAAUGUGGAAAAGCACUGACUUCAUUACAUUUAUUUUAUUUUUUAAUUGACUGUAAACUGUGUUUUGCUCCAAACCAGAAUUUUGCUGUAUUUUUAGUCACUCUGUUGUCUGAUGCAAUGGAAUCACAGCUUCUCUUUUCUUGUUCAAGUACAUAUAUAUAUUUGUGUGCCUGUGUGAGUGUGUUUGUAUAAUAUGUGUGUAUAUACAUAUAUAUAUAUAUAUAUAUAUAUACAAAGUAGAUAUAUGAUUAUCUAUAUGUACAGAGUGAGGAGGCUUUUUGUGUAUACUCUAUACUGUUCUGGGAGAAUAGCUGUCGAAACCUGGUUUAACCUCAGACCACAUAUCUGCUUAAAAUAAGUUGACACUACACUAGAUUAUAUGCGUCAGUAGUUAAAAGCCAGUUUGCACUCCAUUUGGAAAUUAAAAGUUAAUCUCGUUGUGGCUCAAAUACUUCACAGUUGAUAUGUCUGACCUCGACACCACAGCCAGACUGAAGAACAAUUAAAUUAAUGGAUGAAUUUAUUUCUCCAAAAUGAGUUACUUUAACAUUGCUUUAUCUAACAUGUACUUAUUAUAAUGAACUGGGGCAUUUAAGGCCACGUCUCACCUGAUAAAUACCAGUGAGAGAAGUGUUCAUUAGUAUUUAUGCUUCUUUCACACUUGAGUUACUGGGGCCCAGUGUUUUUUCUGUUUGAGGCAUUUUAAGGACGGAAAAGGACGAAAAUCUAAAUCGGCAAAAAAGCGAUACUGUAGAUAAACAGCCAAAGAGGGGAAGCGGAGAGAGAGAGAGAGAGGGUCGACGUGUCCUCACGUAGAAUCUUUCUGUCGUCUCUUAUAUUAAGACUCAUCCCCAGGUCCAGUUCGGGGAUCAGCUAUAAUCACAAUCCAGAAAUUUAAACUAACACUACAUAGAUAUUUUGAUGUAUUUAACUUUCUUUUUUAAGCACUCCAUCAAGUCCACUCAACUUUAAAAAACUGACAAGUUAGAUUAGCAGAAUUGAGUGAAGUGUUGAAGCUUUCCCUGUAUAAAUGAGUUUUUAGUGGAUUUAUUAGGACUGAAUGUUCCUCCAUUAAUUUAACAUGAGGGCUUGUUUUGCUUUUCCAUAUCCUGAUCCCUGACAAAAGGAAUCAUGUACAUGAAGUUCUGUAUAUGAAAAUAUAGAUGCACGUUUUUGCAUUUUAUUUCACUGCUUGAAGUGUAUCCACAGCUGUAUUUUCUGUUACUGUUUUCGUUUUAUUAUUAUUAUUUCAGCCAUAGUGUCUCUGUAGAGAAGAAAGGGAUUGUAAAAAGUUUUUGUGAUCCCCUUCUAUGGGGGAUGAAACUGUUAACUUUAAAAAAAAAGAAUUUGAGGUCAAAUUUAUGUUGUGUUACUUUGUGUGUGGAUAUUGAAAGACAUCUGAUAUAGUUUAAAAGUCAUCCCUUUUCAAUUAUUGUAUGUUACAGUUAAUCAGAUAAUGUUGCUGAGGUUGAAGUCCCGUUGUGUUGUUCUGUUGAGUGAUCGAGCAGUAACACGCCGGGACUGAUCUGUACACGUCGAGCACGUGUCCCAGUUUGUUUGGUCACAUCCUGUAAACAACCUGAACCUGUUCACGUGAUCAUAUCCCAGGCUCUGCCCCCUCCACCUAAACCACAUAGCAGCACAACGCCCUGGUAAUUUACACUCCUUUAGUGUAAAAAUACAGAGAGUCCUGAUGCUACUUAAACGUCCUCUGAGAACGACGGGGAAAUAUCAAACUUCACAUUGUAAAUACUCCUGAGGAUCUCAUGUUUGGCAUGAAUCUGAAAAUAUCUGCAACUGUGCUAAACUCGGAUGUGCAUGUUUUUUUUUGUUUAAAAAAUAAACCUGAUUAGCUGCAACCAAACGAAGAAAAAAAACACCUUAGGUAGCCAAAGUCUGGCAGCAUAAUCAAAAAGCUCAUAUCAUCUCUCCUGAGACCCUGUGACUCAGGUUGUUGCGGUAGAAAUAUUCUCUCUUGCCCAAAUCUGAUGUCUUCAUUGAAGAGGAUAAAAAUGUCUUCUCCCUGUUUGUUUUGCCAUAACAUUUCUCUCCAUUUAUAACGGUUUGGAACGUGUGUGCCUGAUGUAGAUAAAAAGGUGAAGGCUGCGAUCGAUACGGGUUCAACUGUUGUCCGCACGUCAGUUUGGGGACGAGGCUGUUGUAUGUGACUACUGACUUAUACAUACUGCAUGACACCAGUUCAGUAGCAACUGCCUGUGUUGACCAUGUUACAGCUGUACCACAGCACACAUGCACGCUUGCACAUACAUACUCCUCCAUGUGUUACUGUCAAACCUAUAGUAUGUAAACGGCUGAUGUCUGUGUCCAGACACACGGAGUGCGUGGAUGUGCAAUGAUGGAAUUUAACAAUAAAUGAUUUGCACCACCCAA